AUGUCGGGCAACUCAGAACCUAAGAAAUGGGAAGAUACGAAAUUUGCGCCCCAGGAGUUGAUUGUGGAAGAAGGAGCAACUAAAAGGUACCAAGGAAAUGGCAACGCGUUCGCUGAUGGCGGGGCCACCGAGCUGUACGAACCAAUUCCAGAGUACGAGGGCAGACAUCGAUAUGAUCCGACGGCUGAUUGGUCGGAGAAAGAGGAGAAAAAGCUGGUGCGAAAGCUCGAUUAUCGGAUCUGUUCCUGGGUUUGUCUAAUGUUUUUCGCCCUACAACUCGAUCGCGGAAAUAUAUCCCAGGCCCUUAGUGACGGGUUGUUGAACGAUCUUGGGCUAUCAACAAACCAAUACAAUUAUGGCAUGAUGAUCUUCUAUCUCUGCUUCUUAUGCGCCGAAGUGCCGUCGCAGAUGAUCUCAAAGAAGCUAGGCCCCGAUGUUUGGAUCCCGAUUCAAAUGGUCACUUGGAGCGUUAUUGGCAUCUGUCAAGCUUUGAUAGUUGGCGAGAAAAGCUUCUAUGCCACCCGUGCUCUUCUUGGCCUAGUAGAGGGUGGGUUCAUUCCAGAUGCUCUUUUAUACCUCUCAUACUUCUACACUAAUAAAGAGCUCCCGAUCCGGGUGGGCUAUUUUUACUGCGCUUCGCACUUUACCUUUAUCAUUGCCGCUUUCCUGGCCUAUGGAAUUCUGCACAUGAGAGUUAUUGGAGGCUGGGAAGGCUGGCGGUGGUUGUUUGCCCUGGAGGGCGCUUUGACGGCCAUCAUUGGCAUACUUUCCUGGUUCUACUUGCCUCCAAGUCCGACGCAAACCGCAAGCUGGUUUCGUGGGCGGGAUGGUUGGUUCUCGGAGAGGGAGGAGGUUAUCAUGGUCAACCGAGUGUUACGAGACGACCCAGGCAAGGUGAAUGCGCGGUUAUCUGAACAAAAGCUAACGGACAAUGCUGACGUGGACACUCAGGGUGGUAUGCACAACCGUCAAGGUCUGACUCUGAAGCUGCUCUGGGCUUCACUCAUGGACUAUGACCUGUGGCCGUUAUACGCAAUCAGCUUUACGAUGCUUAUUCCCACCAACCCUGUCUCGGCAUAUCUCACACUAAAUUUGAAGGCGCUUGGGUUCGACACAUUCGAGACGAACCUUCUGACUAUCCCUGCAUAUGUCUUGUUUCUGAUCCAGUUGGUUUUCUGGUCCUGGCUCUCGGAGAAGAUCAACAACCGAAUGGCGAUUGUCAUGUUCUACUCAGUCUGGUGUCUUCCACUCCUGCUUGCCUUGGAGCUGUUGCCGUCAACCGCUAGUCCGUGGAGCUGGUACACUGUGACAAUCAUGCUGAUUGGAUUCCCAUACAUCCAUUCCAUUAAUGUUAGCCUUACUUCUCGAAACGCCGGCACCGUGCGAACGAGGACAGUGGGUAGCGCACUAUACAAUAUGAUCUGCCAAGCAAGCUCGAUUAUUUCCUCUAAUAUCUACCGUGCCGACGACUCCCCCUACUAUCGACGAGGUAACAAGGUCCUCCUGGCCAUCGUGGCCUGGAACGUGGUCAUGACCGUCUUCAUCAAAGUCUACUACAUCCGGCGCAACCAGGCCCGUGAACGUACCUGGAACGCCAUGAGCCUGGAGCAGAAAGACACCUACCUCCGAACGACGAAGGAUCAGGGGAACAAGCGCUUGGACUUCCGGUUCGCUCAUUAG